CUAUGACUUCUGGUGCUUUAUAUAAAUUUACACCCUUAGGAAACAUGUUACGUAAUAGAUUUGGAUGGAGUAAUAAUAUGAGAAAUUUUAACGGAGGAGACAAUGGAUUAUUUGAUUAUGCAUCAGAAUCAUUUAAUCCAUUUUCAGUGGGUGGAGAAGAACAUUAUAUUGGAUAUCAUCCAGCAUAA